UCAAUGAAUACAUUAAUAAAUAUAAUAAUUCACUUUUCAUCUAAGGAUUUAGAACAGGUUUACAUUAAAAAUUGGUUAUUAUUUUUGAUCUUAGAAAUGCUGCAACGAACUAAAACGGUCUCAGCAUCAUUGGUAAAGAGCAAGAGGAACCCGAAAGUAACCAAGCAAAAGUGAAUUAAACAUCCCAGCAGCUUUCACUGGACCAUGAGCACUGAUCAUUCUGCGCUGAAGGGUUCAGCCCUGGUUAAUGGAGCAGAGCUGACGACGGCCACUGGAGGAGCGGAAGGGUCCUGCUCUCGCUGCACUCUUCCAUUCGGUGUUGUUCUCCUGAUCAUUGGUGUUGCAGUCACAGCGGUAGCCUACAGCUUCAGCACCCACGGAUCGACCAUCUCCAUUCUAGGACUUCUGCUCCUCACCAGUGCACUGUUGCUUCUGGGCUUCAGUGCAGUAUGCAGAAGAUGCAGAAAGAGAAGAAAAAUGGACAAAGCGUGGGAGAGUCAAACUGACCUGGUAGAGAGUCUGAGAAAUAGCUUUGACUGAAAUAU